GCAGAAUUCGCAGCGCCAGAUGGGAAACUAAGUGAACACACUAAAAGAAUCAAAAGGGACGCAGUGCGCAUCAUCAUAUCCGGCGCAUAUGGGACUUAUUACAACAGGGAGACGGCAGAUUUGCGCCGCGGGGACCAACAGCCCACUUCACUGAUGAGGUCCAAAGCAGCCUUCAGAGAGGAGUGACCUGCACAGCUCGCUUGCAGAAGCACAGGCUCGCUCAGCCGCUUCUCCCCGCAGGAUCUAGUCCUGCUGUCCACAUUUUCUGCCUGAGUCUGUACCCGGGAUCAUUCAAAACUGUUUCUCCAACGCUUCUACCAAAAACUUAGACUGUUUUCCAAAGCAGAACCGGCCCAGCCCUCCCAGGCGGAAGUAAUGGGGAGUGUGCGAAGCCACCGUUACAGCAUCGUGUCCUCUGAGGAAGACGGCAUGAAGCUGGCCGCCAUUGCCGUCCCGAACGGUUACGGAAAUGGCAACGUGAACAAGCCGCACACAGAGCACCAACAUCAGAGCCGCUUCGUCAGGAAGGACGGCCACUGCAAUGUGCAGUUUAUCAAUAUGAGUGAGAAAGGCCAGCGGUACCUGGCAGAUAUCUUCACCACCUGCGUGGACAUCCGCUGGCGCUGGAUGCUGCUCAUCUUCUGCCUUUCUUUCCUGCUGUCGUGGCUGUUUUUUGGCUUAGUCUUCUGGGUAGUGGCCCUCUCGUACGGGGACCUAGAGAAUGAUACUCAGAUGUGUGUUUCCAAUGUGGACAGCUUCACCGCUGCAUUCUUGUUCUCAGUGGAAACCCAAACCACUAUUGGCUAUGGUUACCGCUAUGUGACAGAGGAGUGCCCCAUUGCCGUCUUCAUGGUUGUCUUCCAAAGCAUUGUGGGCUGCAUCAUCGAUGCUUUCAUCAUUGGCGCUGUCAUGGCCAAGAUGGCCAAGCCCAAAAAGAGGAAUGAGACCUUGGUGUUCAGCCAUUAUGCUACAGUGGCCAUGAGGGAUGGUAAACUUUGCUUGAUGUGGCGUGUGGGGAACCUGAGGAAGAGUCACCUGGUGGAGGCCCACGUCAGGGCCCAGCUGCUCAAGUCGCGCACCACCGCCGAGGGUGAGUUCAUCCCUCUGGAUCAGGUAGACAUUGACGUGGGCUUUGAUAGCGGCAUUGACAGAAUCUUCCUGGUGUCUCCAAUCACCAUCGUGCACGAGAUUGACGAGGACAGCCCGUUCUACGAGAUGAGCAAACGGGAGUUGGAGACAUCAGAGUUUGAGAUCGUAGUGAUUCUGGAGGGCAUGGUCGAGGCCACAGCCAUGACCACGCAGUGUCGGAGUUCCUACGUGGCCAGCGAGAUCCUCUGGGGCCACCGCUUCGAGCCGGUGCUCUUCGAGGAAAAGAACUACUACAAAGUGGACUACUCUCGCUUCGACAACACGUACGAGGUACCCAGCACGCCCGACUGUAGCGCCCGGGAACUAGCCGAGAAGAAGUCUGACGCCUCCAGCUCAAGGAACUCCUUUUGUUACGAGAACGAGGUGGCUCUCGAGAAAGUCGAAAUGGAGGAGGAGUUCGAGGAAGAGGAGAACAGGGAGAUGAGGGGUGUCGAGGUUGGUGCACUUGAGGACACAAUCACAGAUGUGGUGUCAGACUCUGAAUGCAAUCUGGACUCUUUGCCUUUGGAAUCAAGGCCUUUGACAGCAGAAUCAGAAAUAUGACCACAGAGGUAAAGAAGGAUAUGUUAUAAGCUUACAUUUGGGUCUGAUUGCUGUUGUUUAUAAUGCAUGGCAGUUUGUUUAAGACUGUGAUUUGAUGGUGAAGUUCUCUAUGCAGAUGCUCUUGCACAAGACAACAUGGAAACCCAGUCAUGUUACACUGUUUAUAGGAAAAGUGGUGAUAAAUUAAGUGGUUGCAUGGAGUUAGAUGGAUAAAAAUGGGUAAGUUGCCUUCACGUACACGCCCUGCAGUCUGGCCUUCUUAAAAUAUGUACGUAGGACAGCCAAUUAGGUUCAGGAAAAAAAAUGCAAUUUAUAAUUUAUUCGAGAAACAUAUUCCUAGUUUGCACAUCUUGCAUUUCGUUUCCUGGGUAUAAAAUGUCACAUGCAAUAAUAAAAUAUAUUCAAUUUCAAUUCAAAAUAUUGACAAAAAAAACAUUUGAGCCUGAAUUUUUGAGAUUUUCUUUCAAAUGCCAACCUAAAUUUAUAUAUUUCUAGUCAUUUAAAGUUCAGGAAUCUUGUUUUAAAUGCAACCAUUUUAACCACCUGCACAAAGACUACUGUUUGUUAAUGAGCUGGUCUCUUAGCAAAGUACAUUUAUAGUCUUCUUCAUUGAGGUGGGCUUGGUGUUGCAGAAAAGAGAUGUUUUGCAAGAGAUUAUGAGCACAAGUACACUAUGCUAACUAUCAUCUUGUGUCAGUAUAGCAAAUUUUGCAGUGUGUGUCCCAACAAAAGUCCCAGCACUGCUUUUGGUUUUGACUGAGCACACACUGCAGUAUAUGUUAUAGGAAGAAGAGGAAGUUGAAGCAUACAGAGGUGAUUUACUGUGCAGUAUACUGCCACUCCUUGCAGGUCUUCAUAUUCUAAUGUGCAAUACAGAUCAGUGGUAAGACGUGACAGGAAGCUCAACCCUGAGCCGAGGUUAUGAAUGUUGAUGAUAAGUGCUGCUAAGUUACAUAUUGUAUGUUUAGAGAGAAAUCUAGGAGCCAAAAUGUAUUAUUUGUCAUUUUGAAGUAUCCAUUUUGAAGAUUGCAGAUGCAGCCUAUAAUGAUAUUUCUAGAUGUAGAUGAGCAUGAUUCUGUCAGUGUGUUUUCCCUUAGUGCACUUUUUCCUCCCAUAAUUACCCAGAGCCAAAUGUGUACAUAUAAGAGACAACCAUCUGUUAGUUGAUGUUGAUUUAACACCUGAACCACCUCAGUGGCUGUUAAAAACACUGAAUUAUUGGCGUUGCUUUUGCCGUAGUCUGCUCUUUUUCAACAUCAGUGUUCUUGGCAUGGUACAGAAUUUGGACACAUCCUAGUUAACCCCUCACACUUCACCAC